GACGGAGCGUGGCCUGAUCGGACCGGCAGACCGGGGACGGCGCGACGCUCACGCUCGCUCGCUCUGAGACGACGGAUACCCCCAAAACUGUUCAAGGUACGUGUCGGGUCUUGCUCCCGCCAGCGACUAUGGACGAGAUGGACUACGUGAUGCACAACCCCGACUCCUCGGCCUCACAGGCGCAAAACCAACAUGUCCAGCAGCCUCAGGGCUGCCCGUACUUCCGUGCAGAUCAUCAUCCGGCAAGCCUCCCAAAUCCGCACCCACACCCGCACCCGCACCCGCGCAUGCACCCGCACCCGCACCAGUACCCACACCCCGCACACCCUCACCCCCCGCAUCCUCAUUCUGCGCACCAGGCGCCGGGGCUCAUGUCGGCUAACCGCGGGCCCUCGCACACUCACUACGAUCCCGUCCACGCCGUGAGCGACCCGUGGAUUUCGACCCCCUACGGAGCCUUUCAGUGGACUAGGGGUGAGGCUUUGCCGCCACAUUCGCAGCUGCUUCACUCCAGGCCGUCGGCCUCGGAAUUUUACCUUGCGGGUGGAGGCCAGGGCCAAAGUUCCAGCUUCGGCUCCGGCUCCGGCUCCAACUCAAGCUCCAGCUCCAGCUCCAGCUCAAGCUCAGGCCCAGCAGGUCAAGCUGGCCAAGGUGCGGGUACUGGUGCUAGUCCUGGUACUGGUACCCAAGCUGGACCUGGCCCAGUCCAGCCCAUCUUGGCCCAAAGCCAACAUCCCCUCGCACACCACGACUCUUUUACACCAUUUACCUUUGCAUUUCGCCAGCCCUCCAUCCGCUUUCCCCCAAUACCCAUGCCUUCUCAACAGUCUAGCCACCCGAACCAUUCAAACCAGGCAAACCAUCUAAACCACCAAAGUCGCCCGGCGCACCAUGCUCAGCAGCAGCUAAUGCAGCAGCAGCAACCACCACAGCAACAGCAACCACAGCAGCCACCGCCGUCGCAAAUGUCUCAACUGCCGCAGCUAAUGCAGCAGUCGCAGCAGCAACAGCAGCACCACCACCAGCAGCUGAUGGUUCAGCAGAUUUUGAGGCAUCAGCAGCAGCAAAUGCCAGUCCCCCCGCAAACUGCCCCGCACGGUGGCAUCAAUCUGCCUGUUUUGCCUUCAUCCUCAGCACCGACUCAGCCGUCGAACAUGCCGAGCUCGGGAGAUUCCAGUCCUACCGCCCCCGCCGGCCGACAGUCGACGCACUCUGAGGACUCGCCACGGGGAACAAGCCGCGGCAACGGAAACAGUUCGUCGCCCCGGACGACUGCAAGCAUCUCGCAGCCUGCCCGACCGAUCCUAUUCGGCGGGCUAGAGCCAGCUCGAGCUGAAGCUGGCCCGUCCGUCGCCGUCUCCUCCGACUCAGACACACCCCCGCCUCCGAGAUUGACCCCACCCAUACAGCCGAAUACUGAGCGCCGCCGCAACUUCAUCCCUCGGCCAAGAUUCAGGCGAAACACGGCUCUGAACUCGGAUUACGACAGCGAGGAGGAUCCCGAUCAGAUCGAAGAUGACGAGCAGGCGCUCCGCUUCAUUGAGCAAUUUUCGGUCGGCCCCUACCAUCGUGACUUUGACGAAACUCGUGUCCGAGCUCACCAACUUCUCCGCGGCCAGAUGAGCAAUAAGCGUGUGGCGUCCAAGAAAGCUCUUGCCCAGCUACAGAGUGUCGAUCUCGAUUCCCUUGAGGAGAGCGAGCGGACCUGUGUCAUCUGCUACAAUGUGUUCAGUGUGGAAACCCCAGAGGGAGUGAAGGAAGCGCCCCUGCGACUCCCGAAAUGCAAGCACAUCUUUGGUGACCACUGCAUCAAGAAGUGGUUUGAAGAGUCAGACAGCUGCCCAUAUUGCAGGGACAAAGUCCAUUCGGAACCUGCAUAUCAAAGCAGUGCCAACGCGAUUCGAGAGUUCCUGCGGGCGUCUUACGGCAAUGGCACACGAUUUCACCCUCAUAUGCCGCCUGGAGAGACCAGACCCCCACCCUCUGGGGAGUUCAUUCGCCUCGCCGCUCAGAGAGACGACAGUCGGCCUGACAAUAGCCCGCCAAGGACUUGGCAAACGGGGGAGCGGAGGUCCCCUCCUUCAGAGCCAUCAAGCAGGCGGACCCGAGCCAGGCAUGGCAGCUUCAGGGGUUCACCGUCUACCUCGACGACGGCGACUGCUUCAGCUAAUGCCAGCUCUAAUAAUAAUGGCAGCACCCGACAAAACCCGCCCGCGGGGACGAACCCGGCAGGGCCCCAGCAGCAGAGCCCGGCUCGUGAACGUUUUGCAUCAGGCGGCCACCGCCCCUAUCAAUACCCUGGCAACAUGAGCCGCCCUCCAAACAUGCCCCUUUUAACGCCCGUGGAUCUGAGCCAGCAGAACCUGCCGCCCCAGCUAAUAGCCGACUUCACACCGAUCAUGAGGCCAAGGGAUUUUCUUUCUUACCCGUUGAGCCCGAUGAACGGGGGGCCUGGUCACCUGGCAGGCGAGACGGAGCAACUUCCUGGCCCCACGCACAUGGCGACAUUCCCGCAGCAGCUUCCCCCUGUCAGAUUCGUCGAUGGAUCCAGAUUCUCGGGCGCCUCGAACGCAGCUAAUGGCCCUCCUAGCGCUGGAGAGGGCUGGCUGCAGUAGAGCCGCAGCCUUGACUGGCGUACGGGUAUUCGCCAGCCUAGAGAAUUCGUGACUUAUAUCGGCAUCCCAGCUGCCGCUAUGGAGCUGGUCCACCUUGGCGGGACAAGUACUCAUCGUAACCCAUCGACUUUAAUUGUUCUAGUCAGGGACGAUGUGAUACACAGACACACACCUCUAUGCACACACAUUUU